AUGUUCACAAGCCAACAACGGCCUGGCAUCCACAAGGGCUCGAACUACCGCGGAUCCAUGAGGACGUCCUCCAUAGGCCAUGGCAACCAGAACCACACUGCGGCUCUUUCUAUUACAUCUAUAUCCCCGACUCCCAUAUCUCUUGGUUCACGGUGCGGCCACAACCAUAUCGAGUUUGGUCGAAUUAUCGAGCGAGACCUCCUGUGUUACGAGAGUGUCGACAUCGCAGACAUUGAGCACCGCCGGGGUGUGCUCGCUAGCGGCGGGUUUUUCGUCUACUGCACCUUGCGCCGGGGCACUUUUGGUAGCUUGCCUGAAACCGUGGCUCAACUCGUGGGCGCAACCGGACCCGUCCAUGCCGUAACGUACUCUUCAUCGCCGGGGUCGUACGUGCUCACCGGCUCCGGAGACCGAUCCGUCCGGCUCUACAACCCCAGCUCGACCGUGGCGGCACCGAGCCCGGCAGAAAACACCAUUUCCGCCUCGACCCGGGGGCGCACGGCGACGCCGCCCAUACCGCAGGGCAAGCUGAUCCAGACGUACGCGGCGCACGGCUACGAGGUGCUGAGCAUCUCCGUGUCCUCGGACAAUGAGCGGUUCGCCUCCGCGGGGGCGACCGCCUCGUGUUCCUCUGGGACGUGGCGACGGCGCAGACGAUUCGGCGCUUCGGCGGCGGUCCGCAGGGCCACUCGGCGCGCGUCAACUGCGUCAGUUUCGGCGGGGACGCGGACAGCGUGCUCGUGUCCGGGGUUCGACACCUCGGUGCGCAUCUGGGACGUGAAAGCGCAGAGCCCCAAGCCCAUCCAGGUGCUCGACGACGCCCGGGACGCCGUCACCUGCCUCGCCGUGCGCGGGCCCGAGAUCGUCGCGGGGAGCGUCGACGGCCGCGUCCGCGCCUACGAUAUCCGCAUGGGCCGGUGCACCGUGGAUACCAUGGGCGCGAGCGUCACCGGCCUCGACAUCACCAGGGACGGCGCCGCCAUGCUCGUCGGCACGCUGGACAGCAAGCUGCGGCUCAUGGACAGGGAGAAAGGGACCUGUCUGCAGACGUUCGAGGGCGAUGCCUGGCAGAACAAGGAGCUUCGGGUCCAGGCCGUCUUGGGCGGGCGGGAGAGGUUCGUCGUUGCCGGCGACGAGCUGCUGGGCGCGGACGAGGCCACCCUUGACGCCGGCGAGGGUAGAAUCUGGGCGUGGGACCUCCUCUCGGGCAAAGUGGUGGCCAGGAUCCAGGUGCCUUGGGGGCCUGGGGGCCUGCAGAACCGGAAGCGGGUCGUGGGGAGGGACGGCAAGGAAAAGAAGCAGAACAACAUCAUUAGCUGCUUAGCUUGGAAGGAAGGCGGCUGGGGAAACCAAUUCUGCGCCGGGGAAUCUCGGGCACGGUGA